UCUCCGGCGAGCAGCCAAAACUCGUUUUUGUCUCUCUGCCCCCCGCAGCGCGGCGCCGCCCAUCGCCACCAUUCCUAUAAAUGCCCCUCCUUCAUCGCCACAAGUCCACACAGCAACCAACAGCCAGUCUUCACUUCGAUCCCCUGUUCUUUCCUCAGAUGGCUGCCGGCGCUCUCUUCUUUCUCCAUUUCUUCUUUCUCUUAUCCGGAUACGCGUUUGCGGACUCCUACGGGUGGGAGUCCGCCCACGCCACCUUCUACGGCGGCAGCGACGCCUCCGGCACCAUGGGAGGCGCUUGCGGGUACGGGAACCUCUACAGCACGGGCUACGGCACCAACACGGCGGCGCUCAGCACGGCGCUGUUCAACGACGGGCUCAGCUGCGGCUCCUGCUACGAGUUGAAGUGCGCCGACGACCCCCAGUCGUGCCUCCCCGGCUCCAUCAUCGUCACCGCCACCAACUUCUGCCCCCCAACCUACGACCUCCCCAGCGACAAUGGCGGCUGGUGCAAUCCCCCGCGCCCGCACUUCGACCUCGCCCAGCCGGCGUUCCUCCAUAUCGGGCAGUACCGCGCCGGCAUCGUCCCCGUCUCCUUCCGCAGGGUGCCUUGCGUGAAGAAGGGGGGAAUACGGUUCACCAUCAACGGUCAUUCCUUCUUCAACUUGGUCUUGAUCACGAACGUGGCCGGAGCCGGCGACGUGCACUCCGUGUCGAUCAAGGGGUCGAAGGGCGGGUGGCAAGCGAUGUCGCGCAACUGGGGCCAAAACUGGCAGAGCAACUCGUUACUCGACGGGCAGAGUCUCUCCUUCCAGGUGACGACCAGCGACGGCUUGACGGUCACUAGCUUCGACGUCGCACCGGCCGGGUGGCAAUUCGGCCAGACCUUCGAGGGUGGACAAUUCUAACUAAGCUCAUCAAGGAAUUAAGGCUUGUCGGAUGCCGAGGUAGCUAGCUCAUCAGGCAGCACCCGCACUAUACCAUAUAUAUACUUACUACUUAGCAAGUAUUCAACACUGUAAUUUAUAAGCCAUUUGUGGAAAUUAUGGGAGCCAUGGCUUACCUUACAGUUACAGGGAAGGUAAUUCAUCUCAACAUAAUUAUGAAUGUGGUGUGGAAUUGGAUUAUUAUCACCUACUGACGGUGUUAGGAUAUGAUCUUUAGUGUUUAAAGGGAACUGAGUUCUUACUUUAUUGUGUAUUCUAAGAGGCAAAAUAUAUGUAUCCACUCGGGCUCCUGAUCUUA